AUGCAACUUGGUGUCACUUAUUACAUUGUUUCAACAACAUAUAGUUCGGGUGUGACUGCUGCAUUUACAUUAGUGAUUUCUGGCCCUGAACAAGUUAAUAUUACUCGUGUCAUAGUUCCUGAACCGGUGCCACUUGUGCGCUGCCUUGGAUUUCUCAACGAUCCAAUAUGUCCAAUUCAACUCGCUAGAAGUGGCACAGUUCGUACUCAUAAUCCCAAUCGUAUUUUAAAUGGUGGAUCGUUUGCUGUCAAUAAAUUGUUUUUCAAUCUCGAAGAUCCAAUGACAGUGAAUGCCUAUGUUCGAAUAGUAAAAAUUCAAUAUGGACAAGGACGAUAUCCGAGUUCAACAGCUCAAAUCUGGAUCUAUGGUAUUGUGCCUGUAGGUGGUAGCUAUAUCGUUUGCAGUCAAUAUCCUAUUCCAGCAUCACAAAUAUCAACAACUCAAGCAGAACAAACAUAUACAAUUCCGAAUAAUGUCAUUAAUCUUUUCAAUGGAUCAUAUGUUGGCAUUGGUAUUCAGGACUCAUUGGCAGCCGUUGCAACAACGUACAAUGGAUUUGUUUUGUAUGUGAAUGGUGCCGAUCAAACAACGAAUGUUGCUACGCGUGAAUCAUUGUAUUUUCAACCUGAUGGUAAUAGAAUUGGUGUUAAACUUACUUACACAACAGUUAAUUAA